AAGACGCCGUAGACUGUACCAAUAAUGGCGGGAACUACAGUGCAGUAGUUUUGAAGUACCUUUGCGUUUUUAAAUCUAGAAUUUAAGCAGCAUGAAGGUGUUUACAUAAAAUGUGUUCCAGUUAGAAUUGGAGCUUAAUAAGAAUGCAGUUUUCAGUUAGUUUUGAGGUUAAAGAAAAAAAUUGUCUCUCCCACGUAACUAUUUUACAAAAAAAUAGUGAGUGACAUUGUUUUCCAUUUGCAAAUCUUGAUACUUCGGCAUUCAGUCUUGUGAUAGGUUGUUUCAUUUGAAAUAUGAGAAGAAAACCGCAGGUACAGGGUGUAAUAGGAAUACUUAAUAGCCUUUUAGAUGAUUGAGGGCGUUCUGCUUUGGUGUUACAACAAAGGUCAACAAACAGUACUUUCUUAAAGGUCAGUUUGCAACAAGCAGCUGAAACAGUUAUCUGUCAGGUUUUUUUCCCCAGUCUGUUACAUUAAAAUCCACGGGUCUGUUUUGCACUUGAAUGGAACUUUUGCCCAUGCAUGAUUGGUUACAUCAUGCACGGACUAUGGAAAGCAUUGGUUCAUAGAGUUUGCAAAUGUUGGUACAUUUUAUGAUACAGUAUCUCCCCCAAAAUCUGUUACUGUUAGUGUGUUACUGCUGUGUUACUGCUAAUCAUCAGUCUUUAAGUAUUGCAAAGAUGCUCACGGUGCAGGAUAUGUUUUCCAAAAUUCCAGUUUUCACUUGAAAUCUCUAAUUCUGGAAGUGAUAGGCACAGCUUUACUCAUUUCUGAGACAAUUUGUCAGUUGUACAUGUAGAAAUAACUAGAAUUUGUCAUUCUUUCAAGUAAAAUGGUGUUGCUCCUUGAAGACCGUGGCUAGUUCACCUUGCAUCUGUUCACACAAGUGCUUUUCAGUGAGGCAACCAUUGUGUUUCAGCGUGACCCGGAAGUGCUUUAUACACACUUCCAUUUUGUUCCACAGAAUAUUUAAAAGAUAUGGACUCAAAGGUCACGAUUUAAUAAAGUUAGUGACUUUUAACUGCUGCAUUGAGGAUGGUAAGUGCAACUGGAUUUUUUUUUUCCUGGCAAUGCAUGGUGAUGAAGAAUACAAUGGCUGCUACUACACAUUGCUGUCACUGUCUUGAUUUAUACUAAGAAGCCAAGAGUUUUACCCGCCUCUGCUGUUGCUUCAUUAUAUAAAUAGCAUCAGAUUAAAAUGGGCAAAUAACAUGCUAAUAUUGUGAUGAGAGUAGUUUUGAACUCGCAGACCCUCUGAAAGGGUCCUAGGGACUUCCAGAGGUUGAUGGACCAUGCUCCGAGAACCACUGCUCUGGUGUUCAUCCACUUUGGGAACAGAAUCCAGAAUGGUUGAUCUUUCAACGGAUGAAGAGAGUGAAACACAUCAUUCCCCAGAAAGUAAAGAUGAUCACAGUUCAUCAUCCAACAGCUCUAGCUCUCUGGAAGAAUUUUCGUCAAUAGUAAAUAUCCCUGAUGCAGCUUUUAUUCAGGCAGCCCGCAGGAAACGUGAAUUGGCCAGGACCCAAGAUGACUAUAUUUCUUUGGAUGUAAAACAUACCUCUGUCAUCACUGGGAUGAAGAAAAACAGUGAUGAAGAUCCUGAGAGUGAGCCUGAUGACCAUGAAAAGAGAAUACUGUUUACCCCAAAGCCUCAAACACUUAGACAAAGGAUGGCUGAUGAAACAACACCUAGAAAUGAAGAAACAAGUGAAGAAAGUCAGGAAGAUGAAACUCAAGAUAUUUGGGAACGGCAGCAGAUGAGGAAAGCAGUUAAAAUCACAGAGGGACGAGAUCUAGAUCUUUCCUACAACAGUGAAUCUCAGACAGUGAAGAAGUUUGAUACUUCCACUUCAUUUCCACCAGUAAAUUUAGAAAUUAUAAAGAAGCAAUUAAAUACUAGAUUAACACUGCUACAGGAUACUCACCGCUCACACCUGAGGGAAUAUGAAAAAUACAUACAAGAUGUCAAGAGUUCGAAGAGUACCAUCCAGAAACUAGAGAAUUCAUCAAAUCAAGCUCUAAAUUUUAAAUUCUAUAAAAGCAUGAAAAUUUAUGUGGAAAAUUUAAUUGACUGUCUUAAUGAAAAGAUUAUCAGCAUCCAAGAAAUAGAGUCAUCCAUGCAUGCACUCCUUUUAAAACAAGCCAUGACCUUUAUGAAACGCAGGCAAGAUGAAUUAAAACAUGAAUCAACGUAUUUACAACAAUUAUCACGCAAAGCUGAGACAUCAACAAAUGGAAGUUUGGCUGUAGGUGAAAAAACUCCAUGGAUUUUGGAAGAGAUUGAAUCUCGAAGGUCACAAAGAAGACAAGCAAGAGCACUUUCUGGGAAUUGUGAUCAUCAGGAAGGGACAUCUAGUGAUGAUGAACUGUCUUCAGCAGACAUGAUUGACUUCCAAAAAACCCAAGGUGAAAUUUUACGGGAUCACAAGAAGAUUUUUGAAGAUGUACAUGAUGAUUUUUGUAAUAUCCAAAAUAUUUUGUUGAAAUUUCAACAAUGGCGAGAAAAGUUUCCUGAUUCUUAUUAUGAAGCUUUCAUUAGUUUAUGCAUACCGAAGCUUUUAAAUCCCCUAAUCCGACUUCAGUUGAUUGAUUGGAAUCCUCUUAAGUUUGAUGCUGUAGGCUUAAAACAGAUGCCAUGGUUCACAUCUAUAGAAGAAUAUAUGGCUAGCAGUAUGGAAGAUUCAAAGAAGGAAGAUGGUUCUGAUAAGAAAAUCUUGUCUGCUAUCAUCAAUAAAACAGUUAUUCCUCGACUUACAGACUUUAUAGAAUUCAUUUGGGAUCCCUUGUCGACCUCACAGACAACAAGUUUAAUAACACACUGCACAGUGAUUCUUGAAGAACUUUCCACUUGUGGAAAUGAAGUUAGUAAAGGCAAACAGGACUUACUUAAAUCCAUUGUUUUGAGAGUGAAGAAAGCAAUAGAAGAUGAUGUUUUUAUUCCUCUAUAUCCAAAGAGCACUAUAGAAAACAAAACAUCACCACAUUCAAAGUUCCAAGAAAGACAGUUCUGGUCGAGUGUAAAGCUUUUCCGCAAUAUUCUUCUUUGGAAUGGACUCCUCCCAGAUGACACGUUGCAAGAACUAGGACUCGGGAAGCUGCUGAAUCGCUACCUUAUGACAGCUCUUCUUACUGCCAGUCCUGGGCCAGAUGUUGUUAAAAAGUGCAGCCAGAUAGCAGCAUAUUUACCAGCAAAAUGGUUCCAAAGCUCUGCCACGAGAACGUCUAUUCCCCAGCUAGAAAACUUCAUUCAGUUCUUGUUGCAGUCUGCACAGAAAUUAUCCAGAAGUGAAUUCAGGGAUGAAGUCAAAGAAAUAGUUCUUAUUCUGAUGAAAAUAAAAGCUUUGAAUCAAGCAGAAUCCUUCAUAGAAGAAUGUCACCUAGACCAUCUUAAAUCAGUAAUUAAAGAAGUUUGAGCAAACUAUGGGAAGUACUAACGUGAGAUUUUAAUGUAACCACUCAUGGCUCAUUUGCUCGGGGCGGCGGUGCCCGCAGGACUCCCUCCAUUCCUUCCCCUUAUUUUACCUUCUGGUAUCGCGAAAGGCUGCCCCUCUGUGGUGUUUGCAGGAAGUAAGCCCACAGGAGCAGUAAGAGUUAACAUACUUCCCUUUGAUUCUUUGGACUUCUUUUCCACUGUAAGAGAGGAGUUGGGGAAACCUUGCUGCUUUGGCUUUGGUGAGUCUUCUGAACUGAUCGUAGCAACAUCUGUUACUUCUCUUCAUCCCGUCUCUAUUCACAAAAAAUUAAAAUGGAAAUCUUAAUUGGAAUGAAUCAUUUGCUAAGGGUUAACUGAUUAAGGUAUUUUAAGGCUUUUGAUAACUAUUGAUGGUCAAAUUGACCUUCAGAAAUCUGUACCAAUGUAUUGUGCCAAAACAAGUGUAAUAAGCCGGCAAAACCCCCCCGCCAUAGGUGUUUUGUUUUUUUUUUAACUCAGUACAAAUUCAGUAGAUGUAAAAAUUUUAAUUAUUCUUUUGGCUUAAAUUAUUAAGUACUUUUUUGGCCAUUUGUAAUUCUUUUUGAAAUCCACUCAUGUUAAUGGCUUUGUAAGAACUUUGUUUUAAAGAUACCAAUGUUUUGUCUAUCCUAUGUUACUGUUUUCCGUAGUCAUUUUUUCUCUUAAUGUAUGAUGUUUUUAGUGUGCUAACAUUACUUGUUAGGUACUUAGAUUUCUCUUCUGUUAGGGUUUUUGUCAUUGGUGAUAGGCUUAGACAGGAUACACGUAUUUUGAAUAUUCAGAACAUGUAAUAAACUUUCCGAUAAAGUAUUUGUGUAAUUGAAAAGAGACUGAAAGUUUCUCAAAAUGAGUUUACUAAUAAUUUUUUCUUAAAUCUGUCCAUUAAAUAACUCCAGGGUGACCCUGAAUAUAUAUUUUGUAAAUUAUUGCCCCAAAGAAUAUCAGGAAAAAAAAUACUAUAUUGUAGGACUUCAGCAUGUGGCUUCUGACAUUUUCACCUCUAGUUUUGAAGCCGUGUAUUUUUUUUUUUUUUUAACAUUUAUUUUGAGAGAGACAGAGCAUGAGCAGGAGAGGGGCAGAGAGAGAGGGAGAUAGAAUGCUAGCAGGCUUUGCAUGGUCAGCAUACACAGCCCAACGUGGGGCUCGAACUCACGAAACCAUGAGAUCAUGACCUGAGCCAAAAUCAAGUGUCAGAUGCCUAACCGACUGAGCCACCCAGGUGUCCCUGAAGCUGUGUAUAUUUUAACAGAUUGAUGUGUUAUUUCUAUUUGUGAUUCACUAGUAUGAACAGUUUGAAUGCUCUUUUAGUUACACAAAUUAUAUAAGAAUAGGAUCUCUUCCAGAAAGCAUUUAUCAUUCCUGCACCAAUUAUUGUCCCAGAGGUAACUGCUGUUUUCAUUUUAAUGUUACCAUUUCAGACUUUUUCUCUACUUACAUAAACGUACAUGUGUAUGUUAACACAAAAGGCAGAUCUUUAUUGCAUAUGAAAUUUUAGUUUUAAUAAAGUGUACAUUUGGAAAUUUC